AGUAGUGUUAAUAAUAGAUCUUCAGGCCUAUAAAAGUGCUGACAAAAGUAUUAUAUAUCAUUCAAAAUGUAUAGUAGUGAAAAAUAUGAUCAGCCCUUUGUGGCUCCUGUUCGAUUGUUUUAUAUACUGUUAAUUUUCAUGUGUUUGUCGACUGAAAUAAUCACAAUACCGUUAUCUACACCUAUGCAAGAAUAUCAAGAUUAUACUACAGAGAAUAUGUUGGCAGAAAACUCAACAGAUGACAACUUAUAUAUUAUAAGAGCAGUAGUAUAUGAAAUUGGAGUUUUAACGGAUACUAAUAAUAGUACUGAUGAAAAUCCAGAAAGAAAUGAAGAAGUUAACAUUUCAAUUUAUAAUCCACCGCAUAAAGAAAAUGGAUUGUUAGAUUUGGAUAAAGUUUCAGUAUCAACUGAAAAUACUUUGAGUACAGAAGAAAGUAAUGCAGGAACAUAGUAUAAUAAUACGAUAGAAAGUAAUUUUCAUUAAUGAUAUGCAGUUGAAUGAAAAAAAUUAAUUAUUUAAUGUGUACAUAUAUGUUUAAUUAUUUAUAAAUUAAAUAUACUUAUUUAAAAACA